UGCAGAUGCUUGUUGCCCGUCACUCAAAGCAGUCAAAGAGUAUGCACGUUUCUUAGAACUACCAUAUAUUGUAAUUGUAAUAAGUUAUUGAAACUGGUUUUUGUGGUCUUUUUGUCCUCCUUUUACAUAUGUUGCACAUCUUUAGUGGCAUAUAGAGGUAGAUGCAUUAUUGGUAUUGUGUGUCUAAGUCGUUCAUUUUGUCCUUGGUGGUGUUGCUGCUGACAGUUUUACCAUCAAUUUCCAGUAUUUGCUUAACACAUCAGUAGAAUCAACAUUUUUGACAUCUGAAAGCUUGCAAGGCCGUAGUUUACCUUGGCUCUGUACUCUUCCUUAGGCUAGUACUGCUGGCACUCAUACUUUUUUUUCGCUGUUAAUCUUUAUCUGGUAAGGCUUUAUUUUGUGGCGUCUCUUUAGGUAUUUGGUAUAGUGGGAGGAUAGUUUUCAUGAAGAUUGUUUUGAGUACUUAAGUAAUGUACAACUUCUCUCUGGGUGUAUAUAGAGCUCUUUACCUCUCACUGGGACUGCAUCCCAUGUUUCUGCAGCAUGCUGAAUUUCAUUCGAGGAGAGGAAGCAAAUAUUUUCUGGGCCACCUACCUUCACUUCAGUUUCUUCGAUCAUUCGUGGAAGGACAACAUUUGAGCUCCAUUGCAUCUUAUAGCAUAGGGGAAAAAGGAGAUUGCUUUUACGAGUGGUUUAGAGUGAAAAGUAAUGGUGUCAAGGAUAAGCUAAAAUACCAGUGAGUCCUUGGACUUUAGUUCGGAGGAUGCAGGAAGAUGCCUGAAACCUCUUUACAUAUCUGUUCAUAAAGAUGGUGUUAAAGGGAGUGCUAAGCGUGUGUUGUCUAUUGUGUUGCUGCUGUUAGGUAAUUCCUUGAAAUGGAAGUAUCAGCACUAUUACUGAAGGACGUAGUGAUUGCACUUUUGACACCAAGAAACUAAUAUUCCCGAAGUGGAGAAAAAGUUUGUUUUAUUUGGAAAUGCAUGUACAGGCAGAUCUUCCGCCGUGCAUCCUCGCUGUGCCCCUAUACUGAGAAAGUUUGAUGAAACUCUGUAAAGAUAAGAAUCUAAGAAUAUUUUUCUCUCUUCUAUGUAUUUUCAUGUGUGUAAUACUUUUUAUUUAUCCAAUAUACCUCAAAUUUCCACCUUA